AAGAAUAGUUGGUUGAUCUUUCUUCAUCCGGUUCACCUUUAGCAGAAACAUCUCAACUAACAAAUAAGCCAAGUUUCAAUUUUUUUACAGCAAAACCCAACAUUCAUGUCCUGGGAGAUAUAUACACAUAUAUAUAGAUGUUUGUUUGUGAAACAAAGGGGCGCAGGAAGAAACACAGUUUCAAAAGGCCAAAACUGCAAUGAAUUGGAACGUCUUACGACCCGAAUAUGCAGCAUGGCAACCGGAAUGGACCGUGGAAGAUAUCCGGUUAACAUUUCUCAAAUGUACAAGAUGGCAGGUGGAGGAAACCUUGGAUCCGAUCAAUUGCCCUUACCACUACUUCUGUGACAGUGUUUACCCAGGAAACUACUCGCCUGCUGUGGAUUUUCUGCUUCUUUUCUUUGCAGCAGCUUCAUACUUGGCAACCCUGGUCUUUAUGGUGAUACACAUAUCAGGUAGAGGUCAAAGUUUUAGUCAGUCAAAAAGGUAUUUGCUACCUUCCGGUCCAAUUGCUCUUCCACUGAUCAUCUUGGCCUUAGCCAAGGGCCACCGGAUAAACUCUGCCUUUCCUCUCUCAUGCACCGGUCCAGCAAUCCUCCUGCUGGUUCUGAUAUCUGCUCUAACCUUCGACAAUGGAGCAGAAACAGACAUCAAGUGAGUGUGCAUCUUGUGUGUGUCGUAAAGAGGUUUUGAUUGUGGGAGGAACAUUAAUAUCCUACAGGGGAUGGUCAUUGACCACU